CCCGCGGUGUGUGUUGGUGUAAUUGGCCCUCCCGGCCUGGAGGCGGGGCUGUUUUCGGAUACUCUGGUGUUUUGUCGGCCGCUGGGCGCAGACAUUGUGAGGAGCGGCAGGAUGAAGAUGGUCGCGUUUCUAAUCGCAGCGGUUUGUCUGGGUGCAGCUGUAGCCAAUCCCCUCUUGGGGCAGGAACGAUGUGCUGAAGGGCCUACCUUUUGGUGUCAAGAUGUAAAGACUGCCUCUGGCUGUGGAGCUGUAAAGCACUGUCAGCAGACUGUCUGGAGACAGCCAACUGUGAAAAGUGCCCCUUGUGACCUGUGCAAAGAAGUUGUGUCAGUGAUGGGAAACCUUCUAAAAGACAAUGCCACAGAGGCGGAAUUGCGAGGUUACUUGGAAAAAGCCUGUGACCUGCUUCCAAGCCCGACCUUGACAACACAAUGCAAUGAAUUAGUAGAUGACUACUUGCCGAUCAUCUUGGAUAUUCUGAAGGGAGAGUUGGACAAUCCUGAAGUGGUGUGUAGUGCUCUGCACUUGUGCCAGUCGCUGCAAGAGAACCUUGCUGAGAGAAAUAUUCUCUCCAAUGAGAUACCAGAAGUGGACAUGUCCAGAUUAACCGCCCCUUUCAUUGCCAAUGUCCCUCUCCUCCUCUAUCCACAGCAGGUCACUAGGCCUAAGAGCAAUGAUGCUGUGUGCCUGGACUGCACCCAGUUCAUCACUGAUAUUCAGACAGCUGUGAAAGAGAAGUCUGUCCUCGUGGAUGAGCUGCUUGCACAGUUAAAACAGCAGUGUAAUCUGGGACCUGGUUUAACAGAACUGUGUGAGAAGUACAUUGCUGUGCAUGGGCCACAAGUAGCUGAGAUAUUGAUGCAGACUGAUGCAAAAGAGAUUUGUACAGUACAUGGAUUUUGCCAGAAACCAGCCACUGUGCCAAUGCAGCUCCUCCAGGAAGCCAUUGUUAACCCUGUCCAGAAAAGCCCGAUGCCUAUGGUAACAUCGCAGGGAUGUGUAAUGUGUGAGUUUGCCUUGCAACAGAUUGAGAAACUUCUGCAGCAGAACAGAACUGAGGAGAUGAUCACUAAUGCCGUGGCAAAAGUGUGCUCCAUUCUGCCAGCUACUAUUGAAAGUGAAUGCGAAGACUUUGUCAAACAAUAUGGAAAGGCAGUGGUGGAGCUUCUUGCACAGGAAUUGGACCCUGCCUUUGUGUGUACCGCCAUUGGCCUCUGCAAGAACACAGAACGUGUGGUUGUUGAGAAAAUUAAACCAAAGCAGCUGAAAGCGGGUCCUCUGUGUGAAAUCUGUAAGACAGUGGUAGAAUAUCUGGAUGGUUUCCUGGAAAGUAACGCUACUGAGAAGGAAAUUGAGGCUGCCCUAGACAAAGUCUGUGACUUGCUGCCAGCCUCAGUGCGCGAUGAGUGCAAUCAGCUGGUAGAACAGUACGGACCCACUCUGCUGAAAAUUCUGUUGGAAACCAUGGACCCAGACUUUGUUUGCACGAAUAUUGGAGUUUGCUUAGGUGCAAAAAAGCAUCUCGUGGGAGCUGAUAAAUGUGUUUGGGGUCCAUCAUACUGGUGUACAAACAUGGAGACUGCGAACCAAUGCAACGCAGUUGAACAUUGCAAACGUCAUAUCUGGAACUGAUGGGCAUCAGCUUCGGGAUGAAGAAGAUAAUAGUUUUAAAAUGAGAAUCUUUUUUCUUUCAUCAAAUAUGUUUCUGUUUUGUUAGCUUGCAAUAUAUCCUGCUACAUUAGGCAGAGAACUGUGUCUAUUGCAACAAGCUGUAAAGGUUCCUUAUAGUCUUGUAUCUGAGACUCACUAUUAACAAUCUAACUGCCCUCUGGUGAUUGAGUAGAUCUGUAAAUGCUUUUAACUUCAACCCCACUGGUGGUGAGUUGUGGCAGGCUGCUAACUAAGCUGCAAGACAACAGGUUGCGUAUCACGGUAAGUCCCUAACAUGUACACUGGAAGGAAAAUGCAGCAGUGCAAUAAUUGUUGUGAAAGUGAGAAUUAAUGUAUAAUUUUUUCAAGUUUGAUUUGAGCAGUUUUACUACUUGAAGACUAACUGAGUUUUGCUUUGCUAACUAUGGUCUAAAUGGCAUGGGCUUGCAUGUUCAGAGUUUCUGAAAUAUUAGUGUUUUUGAAUAUAAAAUGUUUGCUGAUCUGUUUGCCAACCAUUACCUUGGUUUGUUAAACUUAUCUUUUAAUCUAGUGGAAUGUGUGUAAAUUGCUUUGUCAAUAAAACCUGCCCUAAAUCCGA